AUGCUUGGCUAUUCGUUGGGGUCACGGAGUCCAGCGCCUUCGGAUGCCUUCCUCGAUUACGCGAACCGGGUGGUCGCCACGCCGGAGCUGCAGGCGGCGCUGACGCUUCUGCCGCAACUGCUCGACGUCACGUGUCCUAUUCUGCUUUAUUCUGAACCGGGCAAUGGUCUGACCACGUUCCUCGACAUUUUCGAACGUCAUCGCGCACCGGCAACACGAGUGAUUCGCUUCCGAUGCACGCCGCUCUCGACGGCCCAGGAACUCUUCUCGUGCAUGAUUGGCGAUCUCCUCCCGUCGACUCCGCCAGCCGACCAAUCAGCGUCCUCCUCCGGCAGCGAUGGGGAAAGUCCGAUUCAUGAUUGUUUGGAUCCCAGCAUGUCACAGAGAGACUCUUUCGAUAACAUUCCGCUUCUUGCUCCGGGUGACGAAGGGUUUUCUCUCUUGAUUUUGGAAGAUGUUCAUCUGCAGCUGGAUACUGGCGGUACACUGGGAACCAUCUGGGAAAUAUUCAGACACAUGGUGGAAUAUGGCGAGGUCGUGUGUCCUUCUUCAGGAACAAGGUAUCGCUUGCAGAGAGUAGUACCCCUCCUGGCGCUCUCCUGCCAUGCCCUUCCCGACCAGCACGUGCCCGCGAGGAUCCUCAGGCACUGCGUGGUCAUGGGCGUCCCAUGCAUCUCGUCGCGGUCUUGUGAACACGUUGUUAAGGUAUCGCUGCAGGACGUGUUAGCGGAACUAGACGAAGAAAAUUUUCAGCCGGACGCUACCAGAGACGUUGUCGUCGAGCUGUACCAAGGGCUCGGCGCGUCGUCACGACCUCAGACGGGCUCACGACCACGAACCGCGUCGAGAACCCGGGCUUCCUCUCGACCGCAAACAGCCUCGCGUUCACGGCCCUCUUCCAGACCCCAAACGGCCUCGCGGUCUCGGGCUUCGUCGAGGCCACGGACCGCUUCGAGACCCCAGACAGCCUCCCGUCCAGCCACGGCAGAGCCCCCGGACGAGGCGACGGAAGGCCCUCUCAGCGGCCCGGCCUCAGACAAGGGCUCGGCCAAAAACUCGUUCGACCUGCCCGACCUGGACACCAGCACGAGCAACGGCAGCCGCCUGGACACAGGCAGGAAGAGCCGCAGCGCCAGUCAUCGCAACACCCUCCCGAACCUACACCACCUCCUGCAGCUGACGGAGGCGCUGCGGAAGAACGCUCGCCUCCUGCAGAUGACACUUGGACAAUCAGCGUCCCUCAUCGCCUUUGAAGCUCGCAGGAUCUUUUCCUCUGUCGUCGAGAGCGAAGAAGAACUCUCCGACAGGGUCUUCAGGAUCGUCAAAAACAAAUUCGAAGAGCUUGAGGAGGGCCUGGCGUGGUGGCCGGGGCAGACGGAGGAAGGCAAGAAGAUGAUGACACACGCAAAAGACUACAACGAGUUCGUAAAAAAUAUCCAGUACCCCGACGGCCUGCAGCAGAUCAUGUUCACACAAACCCAUUUUAUGGCUUUGCUCAAACUCGUGAUCACGAUGGAGACCUUCUGGAGCCACGCUGUUGUGGUCGGGCCGCCUGGGGUGGGCAAACUGUCACUGGUCAAGCUAGCUGCCCAUUAUAACAGGGCAAGAGUCUACCACCUCGACGACUACCGCGACGAAGCCAGCCGUGUGGGAGCGCUGAGGUCGGCUGUGGAGGCCUCUGGAGUGGGAGGUCGGAGGACUGUCGUCGUGGUCAGGGAUCACUCCGUCACUCCCCAGCUCCUCGACGUCCUCCACAGCCUCGCGCACACCGGAUGGAGCGAGACCCUCUUGGGGCGGCUAAGGUUACGAGGUCUUCUAGAAGCUAUCAGGCUCAAGGGGAAGGAGCUCCCUCGCGAGAACAAGUGGAUGACCUACCUGGAGGAGGACGAAGUGACCUCUCUUCGUCACCGCCUCAUCACCAACGUCAAGCGAAACCUCCACGUGUGCCUGGUCUCGCACAGCCGCCACACCUCAGACAGCUGGUGCGAGCGAUACCCUGCCCUCCGAAGCCGCUGGUCCUGGGUGAGGCUCGACAGAUGGGACUCCGACACCCUCCGUCAGGUAGCUAGAAGGAUCCUGGUGCCCUACGACAUCCCUCCGCAUAUCCUGCACCAGAUGCAAGCCGCUCUGCCGAGUAUUCAUUUGAUGCUCGCCAGGGAAAAGGGUGUUACGGUGACGGUGUCUGACUACGUGGAGGCCUGUCGCGUGACGGUGACGCUGCUGGCGAGGCGGCGAACAGAGCUCAGGGAGUCGCUGUCUCUCUUUAAAGGGGGCAUGGAUAAACUGCAAGAAACAGGGGUAAACGUCGAGGAACUAAAAGGCGAGCUGAACGAACUGGAACCCGAGCUGAAGGCGACGCAGGACGAGGGGAACAGGCUGACGCAGGCUCUGGCUCAGCACCGGAAUCAAGUGGCUCAGCUGAGGGACCAGAUGGUGGCGCAGGAGGAGAGGGUGAAGGAGAAGAACGACUGCGUGGCUGCCAUGAACGACGAGAUCACGCAGGAGAUCGGGGAGGCAAUGCCGGCGUUAGAAGCCACGGAGAAAGCUGUCAAGGCCCUCGACAAGAAGGACUUGGUGGAAGUGCGAGUUCUCAACAAGCCCCCCGACCUCGUGCUGGCUGUCAUGGAACCCAUCUGCAUCCUUCUGAACGUCAAGCUCCGCCACUACCUCAAGUGCUACGCAACCGAGCCCAAAACAAACUGGGGACUGGCCAGGCGAGAGGGAACUGGCCGAGUUGCGGGCCGCUUUAGGGAAGCGUGCGGGGGUGCCGCCCGUCAGCAGCUGGACGGGGGCAUUAAGAGGGCCACGGCCACGCAAGAGGGCUUCACAGCGCUGGGCAACACUGAGCUGACCACGGUCCUGGCUUGUGACGAGGAUUCGCGGUGGUCGGCGAAGAUCAAGACCCUGAUGAGCGAAGCCGAGGGCGUCUACGGCGAGUGCACCCUCGGGGGCGUCGCCGUGGCUUACCUGGGGGCGCUGACCUCCUCCCACCGAGACCAGCUUCUGCAGAGCGUCGUCAGCAUCCUCGUCACGAGCGGGGUCGUUACGCCGGCGAAGUACGACCUGAUGGAGACUCUGAGCACCUCCGAGCAGCGAGACACGUGGGAGGCAGCCGACCUGUACCGCGACCCAGCCUGCUUUCUACAGGCCGCCUUGGUCCUCUCUGCUAUAAGGAGACCCCUCGUCCUCGAUCCUGAUCAUAUGUGCGUCCGGUGGCUGACGCGCCUUCACGAAGAGCAAGGAGGUCUCCAGGUCCUACAUGCCGGCGACGAGGACCUACUCAGCAAAGUCCUUUCCGCCGCCCACGCCCGCCGCCCGAUCCUCGUCCUCCACACGCCCACGUACCUCACCUACAACCUCAGAAAACUCCUUGAGGUUCCUAGUCAUCUCCAGACGAGCGACGGUGCACUGCAGGAGGUGGUGAUGAUCCUCGUGACCGGGAGCGCCACCCCCACCCUGCCCCCGGAGCUGUGCGUCCACGUCACCCGCGUGUCCUUCGCUCUCCCGCCGCUCGUCCUCGAAGAGCGUCUCCUCAACGACGUCCUGAAGAUGGAGCGCGAGGACCUGUACGAACAGCGAGCCAGCCUGACGGCGAGCAUCAUGCGCGACCAGAAGGCCCUCGAAGCCGUAGACGACACCAUCCUGAAGAAGCUCACGCAGGCGUCCACCGCGCUGCUUGACAACGAGGAGCUCCUGGCGGCGUUCUACGAGGCCAAGUCGACAUCGGCUGAGUUCCGCACCCGCCUUGCCGAGUGUCGACGGACGCUGCAGAAGAUCGGCAACGUGCGCGACAAGUACCGCCCGGUAGCGACCCGCGGACGUCUCCUCUUCUCGACGUCGACGGCCCUCCGGAGGCUCAGUCGCAACUACGUCUUCUCCUUCCAACACUUUCUUCAUCUGUUCUCCGUGUGCAUCACGUCCGGCGGCCGAACGGAAACCCUGAGCUUCGACCAACGCAUUCACUCGCUGGUCGUGAGCGUCACGCAGCUGGUGGUAACACACGUCAGUCGUGCCCUCCACCCUGCGCACCGCCUGGCCUUCACCACCGCCCUCUGCGCAGCCAUCUCCGCAGACGCCGGCACCCUCACCCCCCCUGCCUGGAGAGCCGUCCUCGACCCCUCGGUGCUGGACGAACGCGCCCUUGUGGAAGCUGUCAUGGCGUUGGAGGUGGAUUUCGGCGGCGUAGGCGAAGAUCUGCUGAAGGGCGUGCGUCUCCAGCUGUCCCUACACGACCUCGUCACGGAGGUGGGACUGACAGGGAGUCGAGGUCCUGCCGAGAUGCCCCGUGGUAGGAUAUCAGACUUUAAUGCCCUGAUGCUCUUAAGGAUAGCCAAGCCCCGUCAGCUGGUGGCAGGAGCACGCGAAGUAGUCAACAUCAUGCUCGGUGACCCUCACCUACUACGACCUGACCUCGCCCUUGGCAAACUGUUAGGCCCAGAGGAGCGGAAAUUACCCGUCUUGGUAUGGGCUGACUACGGGCGUGACGUGGCCGGCGAGGUGAUAGCAGCCGCCCACGCCCGUUCUGUGGCCGGAAUUACUAGGGUUAUCAUGGCUACACCGGCGGAGAAGGCAGGAGAGCUGGAUUCUGUCGGAGUGCCUAACCUUGCCUCGCUUUUAGUGAACUCUGUGCAGCAAGGCGGAUGGAUCAUCGUACAGGGAGCCGAGUCGCCUUCCGUUCUCUCGACCCUCCUCGGUGCUAUGACGUCACUAGGCUCUCCGGAUGUCAAGGUACACGAGGAUUUCCGGUUGGUAGUGACCGUGAGUGUUACCAAGGCCGCGCCCCCUGACCUGACCUUGCUGGCCCGCCCAUUGUACUCCCAGCCCGCGCCCACGAUCCCUGCCACACUCGCUGCAGCCGCCACCCUCAUCAACAUGCACAACUAUCGGCACCAUUACUCGGGGACGAGGUGGCGCCGGGCGGUGUGGCAAGUGGCGGCCGCCCACACCAUUGCUUCGGUCACUCGGCACUGGCACGGGCACCCUCCGCCCCCGCCCGUGCCGCCCACCCACACGCCCAGAACCCAGAUGGCUUCCGGCCCGUCGAGGCCCUCCAGCGCCUCGCCUCUGCCACCCACGCCCACCCUCGAGCUCUUGGACGAGCCCGAGGCCCAGGCCAGCGCGGGACACGUCGGCCUCGACGGCUAUGUCAACCUCGAGGAGCUGACCGGGACCCUCAAGUGCCUCUACAAGCUCUCCCUUGAGUAUGUGCUCGACGAUGAUACUAUCGUGCACUUCCUCGCCGUGGUGUACGGGCAGCAGAAGGCGUGGCAGGAGAUCGUGUGUUCAAUCCCCGGCGAAGUGGGCGUGGUCUCGAAGGAGGCGGCCCAAAGCAUCGUCACCGCCCAUCUCACAGCCUGUCUUCAGGAUCUGCACAAUCUGACGCUGGAUGUGGAAUACAGAGCCUUCCAAGACGACCUGACGACCAUCGCCAGCGACAUCUUUGAGGCUCCCACGUCAGCUCUCGACGAAUAGAUCAUCUUCCAUUGUUUUGUUUAUCUUUUGUUAGUUAUUUUUAUGCUAUUAUCGUUCAUUCAUUGGCGUUCAUGUUCUUUGCAUUUUUGGUUUUAAUUAUUCUUUAUGGAUUUUUAUUUUGUUUCUUUCUUUGUCCUUUUUUUUGUUUUAUUUGUUGUACAUAUUUUUGUUAUUUCAUUAAUGAGGAUGCCAUUGCCUUACCGAUAAUUACUUUGGAAAUUGUUCAUAACAGUUUUUAAAAUUAUUUGUUUACUGAAAUCGACAUUGUUGCAUAGUUAUCUCUCUGUAUAAUAAUUUUGAUUGGGAAAGAUUAUUGUAUAUUUAAACCAAUUAAUUACAACAUUUCAUAUUACAAUUUAAUGUGUAAAUCCUAACCGUUUUUUUUUUUUUUUUUAGCCCACAUCCUUACUAAAAUACUACUUUUAUACCUCUCAUCCCUGCUAUAAUAUCGGUCAGUCGGUCAAAAAAAAUGAUAAUCAUUAAAAAAAAAAAAAAAACUAUGAUUUUUCCUCCCCCACCAAAUGUCUUUUAAACCCCCAUGAAUUUCUGACCUUCGUAAAAAAAAAAAAAAAAAAAAAAAAAAAAAAAAUCAGCCCUCAUAGAAAAAAUAUUUCAGACUCGUGAAAAAAUCCCUGUUAAUGGGCAUAGCUUUA